UUGUGGGACGAGAGUGGCUGUCGGGUUGAUUUCAGUGACGAGACCUACACGCGCUGUGUCUGCAGUCAUUUGUCUACGUUUGCGGUGCUCAUGGACGUUCACGAUUACGUGGGAAAAGACGCGGCUCUGGAAGUUCUGUCUUUUACAUGCAGUGGCGCUAGUGUGCUGUGUCUCCUUGUCACACUCGCAGUCUUCCAGGGAUGCAGGUCCAUCCAAGGGGAAAGGACGGACAUCGGCAAGAACGUGUGUGCGUGCCUGCUCGGAGGUCACGUGACGACCUUAUUCUUCCUGGACAAAACGUACAUCAACUUCUCUGAGGUGUCGUGUUCGAUCGUGGCUGGGUCGCUGCACUACCUGUUCCUGGCCGCCUUCUGCUGGAUGACAGUGGAGGGUCACCACCUGUACCGAAUGGUCGUGACGGUGUUCGACAACGGUCGCGAUUUCCGACGAUGGUACCAGGUGGUGGGGUACGGAGCCCCGGCGUUCGUCGUGAUCCUGACGACGGUCGUCGCGGUCCUCAGGGGCGACAGGGCUUACGGGAACGAAGAACUAUGUUGGCUCUCGUCUCCAGUCUACAUCUGGACUUUCAUUGGCCCAGUGUUGCUGCUUUCCGUGAUCAACACAGCAGUCCUUGUUCUGGCUCUGCGAGAGGCCGUGUCUGCAGGACUGAGCCAAGGAAAAUCGAAAACCGAGACAGUGUGGAUCUGGAUCCGGGGAUGGUUUUCACUGUCCGCCCUUCUCGGAAUAACGUGGCUGUUUGGACUUGCCUACAUGGAAUUCAACCACAGUUUUGUCUACGUUUUCGUCGUGCUCAACGGCUGUCAGGGCCUGUUCAUCUUCCUGUUCCGCUGCGUUCUGAGCCACCAGGUGCGUGUCUCUGUCACGACCAGAGUCAAGAGGGACGGCUUCCUGGAGCUGCUGCGAGGACUUGCUAUGCGAUGUUCGCCCAGGCCCUCGGAUAGCACCCGCACGACAGCCACGGAACACACGGACUGGGUUCACGAUGACCGGAGCAAUCGCCCUCUGUGGUUUGUGCUGACCCAGGGCGAUAAGGCGGCCUUCAAUUGGGAAUCAAGUAUCCGUGGCAGCCCGGAUCAUACGGCCGUUGAUAAGUCUAACUGCGACCAGACCGGAAGCCCCUGCGCAGAAUCCGGCAAGAUGAACCGGGAAAGCUAUGAAGGGAGUGGAAAUUUGGGUCAGCGGGACAUUUGCCCGGCAGUUUCCGGCUGUCAAAACUGGUCUCAGAGGUCCGUGUCAGCAAGCAGAUGCUCCACAAUUGACGAGGAGCCCGACCCUGACUGCUAGGAGCCCGACUCGUCGUGACGCCAUUUGCAACUCCAGGACAACAUUACGUAGCCUGUAGAAAUAUCAGAGUUCUUGCUGUGUUAUAAAAUGCUACUUACGUGUAACCUAAACAGCAAGACUACUAUAGAGCGUUUGUAUUUGUGUCAGAGUGAUUUAUCUGCACGUAAAGGCAUCGUCACACAGACUCAUUUUGUCUCUUUUAAUUUAACAAACUUUAAAAUACCGGAAACUUACUUAUCCAUAAACAUUUCUGUACAACAUUUUGGAUCCCUACCCUGCGUCAUGUAUUUGUGCCGUUCAAUUAACUUAUUUCGAUCGUAUCAGGCGAAUACUGAAACUGUGGAAAAAGGAACUAAGGAUUUGGCCAGGUUUCACGAUUCUUCACGGGUCAAGAGUUGGCCUGUGUUGUUUCAACAAAGUCUCUUUUCCUCUUUGUUCUAAACUAAUACACUUAAGCUACUUAGCACUGUGUUUAUAAUUUACUUACACGUCAGACAAAGUUCCUUUCAUACUGUAAGAAUUUUCCUCGGAAUCUUA